UUCUAAUAAGUCACGUUGGUUGUGUUUGGUCGAGAAUUCUGCAWCAUUUUCAGCAAUAAGUAUGCGAAAAAGRGCUUAGACGUAUAAGUKUGAGCUAAUAUGGUAUGUUUGUGUUUCUGARACAACCAUUAUAGGUAAAUUGUUUGAUUUUUGGAGUAUUAUAUUGAUAAACUGAAGAUGGCCUGCGACAGUGAAAGACAGAGUUUCAUCGACAGAUAUUUCACACGUGGCUACGUUGUGGAUAAUAAUGGCAACUCUGGCGAAGACCAGUGCGUUUUACUUCAUUCAAACAAAUUAUGUGUGAUAACAAUAGCCCCAGAGCAUCCUAUCGUCAAGCAGGGGUCUAAAGUAUCUGACAUAAACUUUCAAGUCAGCUCUAAACUWAACCGRCUUGACAGCAAAGCGGUUGGAAAAUCCAAAAAAGGAGCACAGUGGAUCAUGCCUGAUGCACCRCUUUGUGAAGUUACUUGUUCAGAUGGCAAAAAAUAUAUUUUGAAUUGCUGUAUGAAAGGAAAGCUUAUUGAAAUAAAUGACGAAUUGAUAUCAAAACCAGAACUACUGAACGAAAAGCCCGAAACAGAGGGCUAUGUUGCUGUAAUUCUUCCAAAGCUGCAAGAGGUCUCRCUAUAUUUUGACAAGCUUUUGACUACACAACAGUAUGAAGAGAUCUUAGAGAAACGAAAAAGUUCACUAAAAGGAACAACAGAUGAAUCACAGAAAAACUUAUAAUUAUGAAAAGAGCUUUUGGUGAGUACGUCGUUGGGUCGUCGUAUYAUAACUAUACAAGUUUUACAACUAAGAAAGUUCUCAACUGUACUAAUGGGUGAAACAUGCCGUCGAAAGCAAGCUCUUUGGUUCAAGAGCUCUCAUAAUUCCACUGAAAUAAUGUGGCAGAACACAUGAAACAACUGUUUGUAAAAGGUGUAAAAUAAAUUGAAAGUGACAAUUGUAUAAUCA